AUGCCCAACUCCUCCGACGGUGAACAUGAUUCCAGGACCGCCUCGGUGGGCGCCCAGCGAACCCGCCGCGGCACAUCCAAGGAUUCUUCGCGCCGCAGCUCUCUAGAUAAACCCAACGCCAAACGGCAACGAAGAAACGGCAAGUCCGACACACGCGAGGUCCAGGAUUUCGUCCCCCGAGGCGCAUCGUUUAGUGAAAACUCCCUGCUGGUGGACCCCGAUAGCACCUCGUCUUCAGGUUCGGAUUCCGAAAGCGACUCCGGCAGCGGUUCGGCCUCUUCGUCGGAGGGCGAGGACGAGAGUUCGAGCUCUGAAUCUGCGGAAGAGCACAAACCUACACAACCACCAGCUGGAGGCUGGAACAAGGGCAGCAAGAGUGGCAUCCGAACGUCGCUCAGGUCUCGAAAUCAGACAAAUGGCGACGAGAAGAAUCCCUCGCAGUUCGAUGCGGUGAACGAUAAAUUCUGGCGCAGUCGCAGUGACUCGGCCUCGUCUGGUGGGGGAGACGGUUCCAAUUCGCGCAAUGAGAACGGCAAGAAAGAGGACCCCCACGUCUCGGAGGAGGGAGAGUUGGAGGAAGACCACACGGCGGAGUCUAGCCAAAUGCAUCUGUCGGGCGAUUCGGACGAGUCGGACUCGAUGGAUUCUGAGGCUGAUGACUCUAUUUUGCUGAAUAUUGGAUCCCGGGACCAGGACCAGAGCAUCUCUGGUCAACGACCAAAUGAUCCUGAGCCUCGAGUCAAUGGCGACGCCUUCGCUCAGAACGGCGUCACGAACAAUCCUUCCAAGGAGGAGGCCUUCCGCCUUUUCUCCCAAAAAUAUCCCAUGACCCCUUCAACCCUGGCUGACUUAGAGCGGGACGACAUGGAAAGCCAGGCGAGAUGUUUGUUCUAUGAUCGGGACAUUAAUGACAUCAGUCUUCAAUUGCCUAUUGCAUGUACAGAGUGCUUACAGGAGGGCCAUUUGCCCGAGGUGUGCCCAUCCAAGGAGUGUGUACAUUGUGGUACUUGGAACCAGCACCAAAGCAGUUUCUGUCCGCGGUGGAGAAGAUGCCAACGGUGUCGGGACCGGGGCCACGAUGAAGCGCAAUGCUCAUCGCAGCUGAAAGGUUCCGCUGCCGAGACUCCUUGCGAUCUGUGUGGGUCGACAGAACACUUGGAGCUUCAAUGUGACGCCUUGUGGAAGAUCCCCCGACGAGACACACCGUCCGGACCGGUGCUGGUCUCCCUUUCGUGCUCGCAUUGCACUAGUAACCGCCAUUUGAUCGGAGACUGCCCGUCCCUCCCCAAACCCUUGAUGUCAUCAUCGUGGACCCUUAAGGCGGUUGAUCCAAACAUGGUGACCAACACUAACUCGGUGGUGAGCGGCCGAGGAAAGGGCCCUUCGUCCAGAGGCAGCCAGCGGGGCGGCCUGAAGAUCAGAGGCCGUGCCGACCAGCGCUCGCCCUCUCCCGAUAGCGACGACAUGAUGUCUCGGCCACGGCAGCCCAUCGGUCGCGGCGCACCGCGCGGCAAUAUCCGCAUCGGAGGCGGCAUCGGAAGGAACAAGAACUUCGCCCCGGCUGCUACCAUCCCGGUGGUCCUCGAUCUCCUCCCGGUCGACCAAGACAUCCUCUACCCCCACGCCCCGGUAGAGGCGGCGGAGACCGAGGAGGUCGCGGAAGUUAUCGUGGCGGAGGUCCUGGACCCAAACGAGGUGGUGGCGGCGGUGACGCCUACCGACCUUUACCCAGCGCCGGCAAAAAAGCCUGGGAUAGAUACCGAAUGUGAAACAAAGAAUAAGUGGCUACUCCUCAUCUGGACGAAUAAUGAAAGGCUCCCAUCCGUCCGGGACCGCAGAAGGAAGAUAUCGAACAUCUGGGUGGCCUUGGAGCAGAACCAGAAAAUGCAAAAUGUUGGCCUGGGGGGAACUGCCAUCCUCGAACGAUUGCCAUCUGGCACUGUUAUGAAGACACUGAUUCCAAGUCCGUACUGUCGAGCCGAGGAGGAUGACCACCGCCGAAACAUGCGCCUUGAGGCCCAGAUUUACACAAUGAUUGGGGAGCAUCCUCGUGUGCCCAAGUUAAUCCACUGGGACCUAAAAACAUGCUGCCUCGAGAUGGAAUAUCUAGAGAAUGGAAAUCUCAAAGAAUAUGUUCUACAAAACGACCAGAGCAUAAUUCUGCAACUUCGACUCCGAUGGAGUAGGCAGGCUGCUGAGGCGUUAACUGCUCUUCAUGGGGUUGAAGUUAUACACUGCGAUCUCUCACCAAGGAACUUCCUUCUCGACUCACAUCUCAAUGUGAAGAUUGCCGAUUUUGGCGACGCGUCCCUGUGCGGUUCAGAUCCAUCAGCCACUCCAGCAACACGGUUUCGACACCCUGAUUACGAUUGGAAUGUUCAACCGGUAUUCGGGGAUGAUAUAUUCAGUCUGGGGUCAUUGAUUUACUUUAUAAUGACCGGCUCCUACCCAUACGAAGAAAUCUCUAGUGAUGAGGUUGAGAAGCUCUACGAGAUCCAACAAUAUCCUGAUGUGUCCUCUGUCGUUUGUGGAGCUAUGAUUAUGCAAUGUUGGCGUCGACAGGUAAUGCUUCCCGUGGAGUUCGUCAUGCGAUGGAUGCUGAUCUUGAAGACCGUACGCAUCUGGUGUAUCGACCAUCAGCCAAAUCCAAUGUUCGGUAUUGAGAGCAAGGGUCUAGAUGAUGUUGUCAUAAUAGCCAUUCCCCUUCAAGACCCCAAUGAACCGAAUAUACCAGUCAAUGGAACCGAUCCCCCUAAAGGAGCCAUUCUAGUAGAUCUUGCUGUCUACGAGGAAGGUAUUUCCAGGGUCCGUCAUGCCUAUGGGCCCAUCGACUUCAACCCACUCAGUGACCACGAUCCUAUUAUUACGGCUCAAUAUGUGCACGGUCUCGAGUCCAAGAGGGCUCAAGGCUACGCACUCAUAAUCCAAAGGUACCAUUAUGUGUGGGCAAAGUAUCACUCCCUUGCGCGGGUCUUCGGGUAUGAAAUCGGCUGUGUUGUGACGGACUGGUUUGAUAAUGUUUCGGAGGAUCUGAACCGGCGCCUCAUAGCCCUAGCAUCUCAGGGUGUCUACUUCGGGGGUGCUUCUUCCUGA